AUAAGACGGGAUAUGAAGGGGUCCCGUCCUUAGUUUAUCUUAAAGUAUAGUCGUUUAGUCAUCGGCGGAAUCCUUUAAUUCCUUUAUUUUUCUUUCCUCGAUACCGAUUAUGUUUUUUCUGCAAUCUUCGUGCCAAGAAAGCUGCCGGUCUUUCAGCUAAAAGUACGAUACACGCACACAUACUUGCACAAGUGUCUUUUUAAUUAAUUAAUCAGAACGAGAAAGUGAAGAGUGUCGUGUCUCUCGAGAAGAAUACAACCAGAAUGAUCUUCGCGAGGGUAGCUUCCGUCCUGCUUCUGGGACUCUACUCGAACGUCUUACUAGUGUCCUGCGAGGAUCAGAACGUUACGGAAACCAACGUUACGGAAGCCAGUCUUACGGAACUCAAUGAGCCGGAUUUCGCCACUCCCGAGUACAUAUUACCAUGCAGUAGAAAAGACCCAAAGAUUGAAUCGUGUUUUCUUGGUACGCUCAACCAUAUUCAACCAUAUUUGGUGAAAGGUAUUCCAGAGUUAGAUUUACCUUCAAUCGAACCACUUGUGAUUCCCGAAUUAAAGAUAGAAAAUGGUCAAGGCCCGGUGCGCAUUAGAGCAUUCUUUACUAACAUUACUGCAAUAGGACCAGGAAACUAUAGCAUCAACAAAGUACGAGUGAAUAUAUCAUCAUAUAGGAUCGAUCUUUAUCUAUCAUUGCCUAAAAUUGAAGUUCAAGGAAACUAUGAUAUCAAUGGAAACGUACUCCUUUUCCCCAUACAAAGUCACGGCAAUUUUUGGGCAUUAUUCGGUAAUGUAGAGGCAAUCGCUCGUAUACAAGGUGUUGAAGAAGUGAGAGAGGGAAUUCGCUAUAUGCAGAUUUCUCGAUUGCUGGUCGAUUUCAAUCUCGCUCGAGUCAGAUUUCGCAUAAUGGAUCAUCUAAACGGUAACAACGUGAUCGGACAAGCAAUGAAUCAAUUUCUAAAUCAAAAUUCCAAAGAGAUAAUCGAAGAAAUGAGACCGGCGGCUAGUGCUAGUAUUGCUAAACAUUUUAAAGAAUUUUUAAAUAGCGCUUUCGGCAAACUACCCCUGAAAGUCUGGAUGCAUGAUACGUAAUAGUUUACGCUUUUCACAAUAGCGUACUAAAUUCACACACUAUAGACUUUAUAGAAAAAUUCAUGUAACAUUAAUUUCUUUAGAUUAACAAGGUCUAAAAGUACAAAUCAGAUUGCCAUCAUUUUAAUGUUCAGUAUUAACAUUUUUUUUCAAAUCGUUUUUGUGAUAGACCUCGUAUUUCGAAUUUACAAAAUGU